AUGUUGAUGAGUGUGCCACAAGCAGUGAGCCUCUCUGUCCUCACAUCUGUGUAAAUACUCUUGGUAGCUAUCGGUGUGACUGUCACGAAGGAUACAUACGUGAGGAUGAUGGGAAAAUAUGCACCAAAGGAGAUAAAGCAGGCUUUUCUGAGAAGGUGGACAAUGUGGUGAAGCCAGGGGCUUGUUGUGCCUCCUGCCGAGAAUUCCACCAGAUCAAACAGACGGUCCUGCAACUGAAACAGAAGGUUGCUUGGCUACCAAAUAAUGCUGUUGACCUUAAUAAGCCAAUCACAGGAGAAAAAGUGCUUGCAUCCAAUGCUUACGUACCUGGCCCUCCUGGACAGCCAGGGGAUCGGGGUCCUCCAGGGGUCGCUGGUCCAAAAGGGAGCCCUGGAUUUCCUGGCUCCCCUGGUCCUCCUGGGGUGCCAGGCCCUAGAGGAGCCAUGGGGCCGAUGGGACCAUCUCCAGACCUCUCUCACAUUAAGCAGGGCAGAAGAGGGCCUGUGGGUCCUCCAGGUGCACCAGGAAGAGAUGGAGCAAAGGUUAGAAGUAUCAUUUCCUGUCCUCCUCUUCCUUUUUCUCCUUCCUUCUUCCUUGUGAGAGUCCUUCUCUUUUAUAUUAUUCAUGUUCAGGGUCCACCAGGCUCCUUUGACUUCUUGUUGUUGAUGAUGGCAGAUAUCAGGAAUGACAUUGCUGAGCUUCAAGAGAGGAUCUUUGGACACAGGACUCAUUCGUCAGCAGAGGAGUUCCCACUACCUCAGGAAUUUGCCAACUACCAGGAUGUGGACGUUGGAUCUGGAGAAGACUAUAAACAGAGGACUAUACCAGAAGACUCCAGGACAUCUGAAGAAGGCAAUCAUUGAAAAGAAAAAAAAAGGACCUCUGCUUUGGAAAGAGUGAGAAGGGGUUGGGUUUGUGAUCCACGGGUCACUUAAGCCAGCUUAUUUGCACGCACCUCAGCUUAACAGUAGAAAACAAAUCAGUGGAUUGUAAGACUCUGUGUCAGGAGAGUUACGACAUCCCUUUCCCUAAAUGUUAUGGCCCAGACAAACCAUUAGGCAAGGUAGGUUAUUCAUGAUGCUAUAUCAAAGUCUUGUCUUGCAGUUUCUUCCUGUAUCAAGAUUUCUGGCUUCUUUUUUUGCCUCUCAGGAUGCUUGGGAAUUUUAUUUGGAACUUCUUGGGGUACUUUUGAGCUUACUUAUAUUACCUACCCACACUUCCCAAUCUGAAGAAGCCCUACGAGAGGAUUAACAUACGGUGGUACCUUGGUACUCAGCGUUAAUUCGUUCUGAGAGGUGUGACAGGUACUAAAAAGGAUGAGUCCCAAACAAACCAUAUGACCUACCACGUGAUCCUUUGUUUUGGGAAGAACUUUCUGACUCUCCGUUUUCCUAUGUCAGUGACCUUCCCAUCAUGGCCGACUUCCUGUCCACCCUCUAUGGCUGUUCCCCCUCCUUUUGCAAUGACCGUCCCACCAUGGCUGACUUCCUGUCUGUUUCUCACAGCCACCCCUCUCUUCCUAAAGCAUGCAUCAAAUACUAAACAAAAGCCGAGUACUGGGACAUUUUCACAUCAAAAUGCAUUGAAAAUCAAAUUUGACAAGUUUGGAAGCAGUCAAGUACCCAGGUACCACUAUAGUGCCUUUCUUCUGGAUUUAAUGAAAGUGUAGGAAGCAUGAACUGGAGAGCUGAUUGUACAAUGGAACACCCAUGAGAAGGACAGGACAAAGUCAUCUUCAUUCAGAACUUUCUUACGAUGGCCAAUCAGUUGCCUCUCAGGGGCCCACAAAGAAGAGACAGAAAAAUGACUUUUCUACCAAUCUUCCCCUGACAACCUAUUGGCCUCAAUUGUGUAAUGUUGAAUCUUCAUCAUGAAUAGCUUUGAUGGUUUUCUCUAGAAAAAAAAAUCUUCCUUUUAAGUGGAAACCACUAAAACUGCUCUGCUUUAAAAAAAAAAGCUUUUAUGUUGGUGUUUCCUUUAGUGUGGAAGAAUUGGUUAGUUGGAGCGCUCAAUCAUCCGAUCCCUCAUUGAUGCUUGAGGCACUAGAGCUAGUCCUCAAUUUAUGACUAUAAUGGAGCCUGCCCAUUAUGGUCGUAAGUCAUGAGGGCCGUAAAGCAGAUCACCCACCUAACCGAUCAGAUUCUGAGUUCUUUUUUUCAAAGAAAAUGUUGUAAGUCAUGUGACCAUAGGACACAUCAGACAGCUGUAAAAGUGGGCUGGUUGCCAAACGCCCAAAAUGUGGUCAUGUGACCACGGGAUGUCAUCUGUCACAACCAGGAUUGCCUGCAUCAUGCAAUAGAUUAACAACAGCACAUUAAGGACAAUCUAACACAGGGGCUAUGCUGACUGGAGAAUUCUGGGAGUUGAAGUCCACCAGUCUUAAAGUGGCCAAGUUUGAAGACCUCUGAUCUAAACAUCUGUAACAGCAAAUGUUCUGAAAGCAGCAAGGUUGCUCCAGAUGCAUCAGUGUAACUCUCCAGGCAAAGAAACCUGGAUGUUGGCUACAGUACUGUGGCUGGAACGGUUUGUAGAUUGCACUGUUAAAAAGUUGUACUCUAUUUUAAACAUGCACUGAGAAUGUAUAAAGUUAUAUAAAUGUUUUAUUGUCCGACACUUUUUCUUCUGCUUGAAUUGGACUCUUCCGUCUUCACCAGAGAGAUUACCUUAGCCGUAUGCACCUGAACCUAGAACUAGAUGCAAAAUAAGGUGUAAACCAGGGGUGGGUUUCAACCGGUUCGCGGCGGUCCCUGCGAACCGGUUGGUCGGCGAA